AGGAGGAUGCCAGCAAGGAACAAGACAGCGAGCAGAUUGCUACCCCAUUGCAUACGGUUGAGAGCUUGUGUAUGCGAUGCGAAGCAAACGGCACCACACAAGUGCUUAUGACAAAGAUUCCUCACUUCAGAGAGGUCGUUCUGAUGGCCUUUGAAUGCCCCCACUGCGGCGAGAGGAAUAACGAGAUCCAGUUUGCAGGCCAGCUCCAGCCACAUGGGUGCCAGUACAAGCUUGCCAUUUCCCCGGGCGCUUCGUUUGAAGAGGACAUGAAUAGGCAAGUGGUGAAGUCUGACUCUGCAGCCAUUUACAUCCCUGAGUUGGAGUUCGAAGUACCGCCAGCGUCGCAGAAAGGCAGCCUGUCGACGGUUGAAGGAAUUCUCAGGAGGGCAGGCGAUGGACUCCGUGAGUCGCAGGAUGAGCGGCAGAAAAUCGACCCUGCGGUUGCCGACGCAAUCGAUGCAUUCUUAGGAAAGUUAGAUGCUUGUGUACAAGGCAAGUCUGCGUUCACAGUGAUCCUUGAUGACCCUGCUGGAAAUAGCUUUAUUGAAAAUCCUGGAGCGCCAGCGAAAGAUCCCUCGAUGUCGGUUACGCACUACGAGCGCUCGAAAGAGCAGACUCGGGCGCUUGGGUUCUUGACAGACGAUACGGUGUCCGGCGAGCAAGGAGGCGCCUUUGGGUUGGAGGCRGAGCAGGUCUGCRCCAUGUCGAACAGGGAUGGCACCGAAGGUGUUGGYGGUGGUGCUGCRGGCGCAGAGAGUGGYGGUGUUGCAGGCAGCACUGCUGCAAUGACGAAGUAUGUGCCUGCAGGAACGCGCCGACCACAUGGAGCCGUCGGUGCUGUCGCUGCAAAUCRUGCGAUUGCUCAGGCCACUAGCGAGGACAUGUUUGCUGCCAUCUGCAAAUACUCAGCACCCGAAGAGGUCAUGGUGUUUCCUUCCACAUGCGGAGCUUGUGCGGUCCCAUGUGAGACACGGAUGUUUGUCACUAACAUCCCUUACUUCAAGRAGGUCAUUGUCAUGGCAUCCACCUGUGAYGCAUGUGGUUACCGSAACUCCGAGUUGAAACCYGGUGGUGCCAUCCCAGAGAAGGGGAGAACAAUCACAGUGAGAAUAGAGGAUGAAGMAGACCUGAAGCGCGAUGUCAUAAAGUCCGACACAGCRGGUGUCCAGAUACCAGAAUUGGAAUUGGAACUGUCUCCAGGGACACUUGGCGGUCUUGUGACGACAGUCGAGGGGCUUUUGACACAGAUCAGUGAACGCUUGAAGAGUGUGCAUGGAUUUGGCUUYGGGGACAGCGCGCAGGAGUCACAGAAGCAGAGAUGGGUGGAUUUUGAUAGGAGGCUGCGCGAUCUUUUGACAUUAGCUAAGAUGCCAUGGACGUUGAUCCUUGACGAUCCACUUGCUAACUCGUUUAUAGCGCCUGUUACGGAUGUCAUGGCGGACGACAAGCGGCUGAAGAUCGAGGAAUUCGAAAGGACUUACGAACAGAAUGAGGAACUGGGGCUUACGGAGAUGGACACAAGCGUAGCAGAUGCUGCAUACCAUAGUAGCAAAGAGUAACUGGGAGUUUUGAUUUCCACCAAGAAUUUUGUUUCCUGUCUGGGAUUCUUUCAGCUGGCAAGAGUUGUGUGACCGCUAUGAUUAGGCUAG